GCUACCCCGCAACUAGUUUUCCGUAUACGUUUUACUCGUACGUUUCCUAGCUAUUCCUCUCUCUCGUUUUAGCAUAACACGCAUACGAUCCGUGCUCUAUUUUUCCUCCUUCUUCAUUUACACCACGCGAACAAAAUCACGGAAGAAUCUUCCGCUUCUGUUAUAUCAGUGAGAAAGAGAUAGCUGGGCGUAACACUUUUGGAUCGAAGAAGGCAUCACCGGAUCCGGAUCCGAUCUUUCUUCACCCGAACCGUUUGUCAGUUUUCUAGAUUGAUUAGAGUGGCUUUUUACCUUACUGGCAAUCAAAAUGAGGGCGCCCAUGAUCUGCUGGGCUUUCCUUGUGCUGGCUCUGUUUGGGAACGCAUGUAAUGGCUUUUAUUUGCCUGGUAGCUAUAUGCACACGUAUUCACCUGGGGAUGCCAUCUUUGCCAAAGUUAACUCCUUAACUUCAAUCGAAACUGAGCUUCCCUUUAGCUACUACAGUCUCCCUUACUGCCAACCCAAGGAAGGAGUCAAAAAAAGUGCGGAGAAUCUUGGGGAGCUUCUUAUGGGAGAUCAGAUCGAUAACUCUCCCUACAGGUUUAGAAUGAACGUGAAUGAGUCUGUUUACCUUUGUACCACCAAGCCUUUGAGCGAGCAUGAGGUUAAGCUUCUGAAGCAGAGAACACACGAUCUAUAUCAAGUGAACAUGAUUUUGGACAACUUGCCUGUGAUGAGGUAUGCCAAGCAAAAUGAAAUUGACAUUCAGUGGACGGGGUUCCCUGUUGGGUAUACGCCACAGAAUAGUAAUGAUGAUUAUAUAAUCAAUCACCUCAAGUUCACUGUCUUGGUUCAUGAAUAUGAAGGGCGUGGUGUUGAGAUAAUUGGUACUGGGGAAGAAGGUCUGGGUGUGAUCUCUGAAGCUGACAAGAAGAAGGCAUCUGGUUUCGAGAUUGUUGGUUUUGUGGUUGUUCCUUGCAGCGUUAAGUAUGAUCCUGAUGUGAUGACAAAGCACCAGAUGUAUGACAGUGUCUCAUCUGUGAGCUGCCCCUUGGACCUUGACAAGUCUCAGAUCAUAAGGGAACAAGAGAAGAUUUCCUUCACCUACGAGGUUGAAUUUGUGAAAAGUGAAAUUAGAUGGCCGUCGCGAUGGGAUGCUUACUUGAAGAUGGAAGGUGCUCGUGUUCACUGGUUCUCAAUCUUGAACUCGCUCAUGGUGAUUUUCUUUCUGGCUGGUAUUGUUUUUGUAAUCUUCUUAAGGACUGUGAGAAGGGAUUUGACAAGGUAUGAGGAAUUGGACAAAGAAGCUCAAGCACAGAUGAAUGAGGAGCUUUCUGGGUGGAAGCUUGUUGUCGGUGAUGUGUUCAGAGAACCAGAUUGCUCAAAGCUUCUCUGUAUUAUGGUUGGAGAUGGUGUUCAAAUUACAGGGAUGGCAGUAGUUACUAUUAUUUUUGCAGCCUUUGGUUUCAUGUCGCCAGCUUCAAGGGGGAUGCUGCUGACAGGGAUGAUUCUGCUGUAUCUUUUCCUAGGUAUUGUGGCGGGCUAUGUUGCAGUACGAUUGUGGAGAACCAUCAAAGGAACUUCUGAAGGAUGGAGGUCUGUUUCUUGGUUGGUUGCAUGCUUCUUCCCUGGAAUUGUCUUUGUUAUCCUCACGAUACUGAACUUCAUUCUCUGGGGAAGCCAAAGCACUGGUGCAAUUCCAAUCUCUUUAUAUUUUGUCCUUUUGGCCCUCUGGUUUUGCAUUUCAGUGCCGCUCACUCUUUUGGGGGGGUUAUUGGGGACACAAGCCGAGGCAAUUCAAUACCCGGUGAGAACAAACCAGAUACCAAGAGAAAUUCCUGCACGGAAAUUGCCAUCAUGGGUGCUUGUCCUUGGUGCUGGAACCCUUCCCUUUGGGACCCUCUUCAUUGAAUUGUUCUUCAUUCUCUCUAGCAUCUGGCUUGGACGGUUUUAUUAUGUCUUUGGUUUCUUGCUGAUAGUUCUGCUGCUACUAGUUAUUGUCUGUGCUGAAGUAUCUGUGGUUCUUACCUACAUGCAUCUUUGCGUGGAGGAUUGGCGGUGGUGGUGGAAGGCUUUCUUUGCUUCCGGUUCAGUAUCAGUCUUUGUCUUUCUCUAUUCCAUCAAUUAUUUGGUUUUUGACCUACAGAGUUUGAGUGGACCCGUGUCAGCUAUACUCUAUCUGGGCUAUUCACUGAUCAUAGCAGUUGCAAUCAUGUUAUCUACUGGCACCAUUGGUUUCCUUACGUCAUUCUACUUUGUGCAUUACCUUUUCUCAUCCGUAAAGAUAGACUAAAAAGUUGCUAUUGGUGUCUGCUCCUUGUGAGGAAAUUUUCUUGGUUCACAUUUUUUGCAUUUUGUGCUAUAUUGAAGACUCAAAUGAUAUCCUGAAUUCAUCAAGGCCUGUUAUAUUCCGAGAUUAGAAGACAUGAUAGUUGUUUAAUGUUUUGGUUGUUGCAGUUGCUCUAUAACAUCGCCGUUUUUAUUUUUGUUUUCGCUUAGUUGUAAUGCUCUCGAUUGAUAAAAUAAAAGUGCAAAUGGCACCAUGCAAUGCAAUUCCUUAAAA